AUGCCACUCGCAUCGUCCCCCGUACCAUCAAUUCUCAAGUCGUCCAAGACGACCUCUCGCACUACUGCGGUGCCUUCUAUAGCCGGCAAGAAGCGUACCAUGAUAGAGAUGGACUUCUCUUCUCAGCCUUCCUCAUCCUCACCGCCAUCUGAUGCCGGCAGCCGCGAUGGUCCGCCGCCUCUCAAACGUGCCCGGGUACAGUUUGACGCCACGGCAGAGAAAGGAAAACAGAAUGAAAAGCAGCGAGAGAAAAGUGUCGCUCUGAUUCGGGAAGAAAUCCGCAGAGCCAUCCAGAGACAUGUUUCUGGCACGGAUAGUGAAGGUUACGACCAGAUCAAGGAGAUUUUCACCAUCGAUCCUAAAAAGCCGCACGACGAUGACUCUUCCGAAAUACCCAGUCCCACGACGAUAAAACGCCAUCUAACGGGCUUGCUGUCAAAUAUAUCUGCGCUGGACCGUAAUUGCUCGGGCCUUGUUAAUGCGGUUUUAAGCAGUGAGUGGCUUGGUCGGGACGAAUCCUAUGUCAAGCUAUUCGUUCGUUUCUCAGGAAAUCUAUGCGCCGCGCAUACGGGAUACCUGCGCUCUGUGCUUAAGAUGCUGGUGAAUUAUUUUGGAGAAGUUCCAAAAGGUACCGGCAGAAUUCCCGGCUAUUCAAAUGUUUCACAUGAAGAAAUAUACGAGCGGGUGCAUAUGGCACUUAGAUACAUUAUGCAGCUACUACCUGCUGGUAGUGGCACAUUGUCGCCUAUUUUAUCGGCACAGUUCCCCUUUGACACCGAUUCCGCAAGGGCUAAUGUGGCAUACACCCGCAAUCUUCUUAAGAUUAUCGAUUACGCUCCGGAACUUCGGGCUGAAAUUUCGGCUUUGAUUACGGAGAGGCUUGUAAAAAUUGACGUGCAGAUCCAGAUUGACAUGGAAGAGUUUGAAGAUGAGGUGGGCGAGGAUCUAUUAGAAGAUCUUUCCCGUCCUGUAGACUUUAGUACGGUCGAUGAUGACGACGAUGAUGACUCGGAUGUCGAAUCUAUCAUCAGCGAUGACGAUACUACAGACGUGGAUACUCGACGUUUGAAAACUGUGAAGGAUAACAUCUGCAAGAUUGACUCCAUCAUUGAUCAACUCUUUGAAUUCUACUCGCCGCCUUUCAAUCACGGAACAGCAGACGAGAAGAAUAGCGCUUUAGAUUUGCUUCUUGCUCAUUUUGAGAGCACCGUCCUUCCUACCUACCGAUCUCGACACACUCAAUUUCUCGUCUUUCAUUUCUCACAAUUUUCUCCGGACCUCGUGGAGCGGUUUGCGGGAACAUGCACCCACAUUAUUUUUAGCAAAACCCAACCAGCCAUCGUUCGUCAAUCGGCUGCUGCAUACCUGGGAAGUUUCAUCGCCCGAGGCAAACAUGUGCCCUCGCGUGUGGUCCGGGAUAUUUUCGAGUUGUUGGGCGACCAUAUAAAUGUCCUCCGAGCCACAUAUGAAGGGUCUUGUCGCGGUCCCGAUCUGCGGCGUUAUGGACCCUUCUAUGCCACCACACAGGCCCUUUUGUACAUAUUCUGCUUCCGCUGGAGGGAUCUUACCACAGCUGCCGAAGAGAACGACGAUGGAAUACCAAUAUUAGAGGACGACGAUGAUUUCGACAUGGAGGAUGUCACAUUCCCUCCCAUAGUCAAGGAAAUACUCCAUCGAGCCAUAUACUCUCGAUUCAAUCCUCUCAAGGUCUGCUCGCCGGCUAUUGUUACCGAGUUUGCGCGAAUUGCCCACCACCUCCGUUUUAUGUAUGUGUAUUCGUUGCUCGAGUCCAAUAAGCGACUACGCAUGUCCACGUUUAGAAGCAUUACUACCUUGGCCGAUCCGCGUUUCAGCAUAGUGGAGCGAGAAAUUCGAGCUGGCAAUGACGGAGGCGACCAGCUUGAUGCAUAUUUCCCAUUUGAUCCGUACCAGUUACCGCGGAGUCGGCGCUGGUUGGAGGGGGAUUAUAUCGAAUGGCGUGGUAUUCCGGGUAUUGACGACCGAGCUGAUGACGAUUCGUCUGAUAGUGCUGAAGAGGGUGAUAAUGAUGAUGAUAAUAAUGACGACGAUCCCACAGCGACGGAUGAAGAGUGA